AUGAUGGACAUUCUCCCAAACGAGAUCAAAUCUCAAAUACUCGAGCUGUUAGAAAUGGAGGAAUAUCUGAAAGUGAAUCUCCUUAAUUCACAAUGGAAUGAUCUUUUUCUGAUCAACAAGAAAAGACUCAGGAGAAAAUCCGCUGAUGAGAUCCGUUUCUACGAUCUCGGUGAUGGGCAAAUUCAAGUACAAAUUGUUCUUGAAGGAACUCCACAUUGGACGAAACAAAUCAUCAGCAAGACAGUCGCCCCGGACAAUGUUUUCAGUUGUGUUUGGCCGUAUUCGCCAAAAGAGAUGCAUAUAAAUUCGUUUUCAAAUGCUUUAAAAGAGAUUUUCGAGGCAUUUCCUGAUUAUUGGUUUUGUGGAAUUGAAAAGUUGGGAAUUUUCGAGGAGAAAAGCAAUGUGAAUGCGAUGGAUUUGAUGAGAAGAUGCCCCGAUUUGCAUUCAAUUUCGAUCGAUCCCUGUUUUUCGGAUAUUCAUGUGACAGCAAUACUGAAUACAAUGAAAAGGAUAAAUGAAUUGAAACUUCCCUCAACAAAUCAACACAUUGUGGCCGAUGAUUCGAGUCUUCAGAAAAUCAUUGAAAAGAGCAAAAACGAUGAGAUCGGAUUGCGCACAUUUUGGGUGGACUCGAUUCCAACCAAUUUCUCCCUUGAAAUGGUUGAGCAAUUCUUGUUGGAAUCUCAUUUCGCGGAUCGUUGCUCGAUUCUCUUACAGAAAAUCCAUGGAAGCGACUUCGAAUUCGUGAAUUUCCUCCGUCGUCACUUUGAAUUGAUCUCUCAAAUUGGAGCUGCUUUCACUUUUAGAAAUGCUCAAAAUUCGGAAAUCACCGUGAUUAUUGGAUCUUUUGAGCGA